AUGGAAGACAGUGAGACCAGUUACUUUGGUGAAGAAGAGGAAAACUCUUUUCUACCAUUUCUGGAGGAGGAGGAAGAAGAAGACAAAGCUGAUUCAUUUCCUGAUUUAAAAGAACACUGGGAAGAAUGCAAGCUUGAAGAAGAGUUGGCUGGUGGUGGCACGAUGGGAAAUGAGGAGACUUCUGAAGGAGCUGGAGACAAAUCUGAUUCAAGCACGGAAAGCUUGGAACAUAAUUUGAGUGACAUUAAUAACACUCAGGCUAUGAAGAGUCCAGAGAGAACUCGCAUAUCAGCCUUACAGAGGAACAUAAAAGAGCUCAGCAACACAGCCAAAGAAAAGGAACUUGCACUCAAAAAAGUCAGAGAGCAGCAGAGUGCCUGUCGGCUGCGGAUCGAGACGCUGGCAAAGCAGCUGGAGUGUGCAGACACUGAAAUAGAGAAAGAGGAGGAGGCUGGCAAUGUCCCAGCCGUGUCCCGCCUUCGGGCCAUGCGCAGGCGGCUCUGUGCUGAACUGGAGAUGGAGAAGGAUUUUGAGCUGAAAAUUGCUUUGACACUAAAGGAAAGCAUGCUUGAGAAGUGGCACAUAGAAACUAAGCAGGGAAAAUAUGAACUACUCCACGAAGAAAUGAACAAAUCUGAGGAGGAGCUAGAGAGGCAAUACCAAGAACAAGCCAAAGUGAGGAUCUGGAAGGAAAAAAUAGCAGCUCUGCAAGUGGAAGAAAAACAGCGCUCCAGAGGAAAAAAAGAAGAGGAAGCCGAUAAAGAAUAUGAAAAAAGGCAUAAAAAAAUGCGUGAAGAUGCCAAAAGGAACCAUGAAAAAGCAAUCUGCUUCCUGAGAAAAAGCAUGGCAAGGAUUAAUGAAAAAAAUGCAAAGGAAGAAGCGAAAAGUCGGGAGAAUAUGGAGAGAAGGAUGCAAGCUGUGCUCUCCCUGAAAACCAGCAUCACUUCCAACAGGGAAAAACUCCAAACUCUCCAGGCUUGGAAGAAAGCAAUGGCCCUUGAAGCAAGGAAGCAGGAGGCGAAAAGGAGAGAAGCUAUCCUGGCAGAAGGAGGCAAUGUUGCCAAGGAAAUUUUUCUCCGUGAACGCCAGCUAAAGCAUGAAAAAGAGAAGCAAGCUUUUAGAGAACACCAAAAAUUAAGAAAAAUUGAGAUUGUAUCUCGAAUUUUACAAGAAAAAGCUUCCAUUCACAAGCAGAAAAGAAGCCAGUCCUGUGCUAAGGAAGUUAAGGGUGGUGGCAAACCUGAGAGUUCUUUACUGUGGAGAAUGAGAACAUGGCAAUAUAUUGAGAAGACCUGCACAGCUUCAGCUGCAGCAAGGCCACAGUCAUGGUGCCCUCCAUCAGCUUCUUCCUCAUCUGGUGAGAGAAGUGCAUCUGUAGGAGAGACUUCUGAAAAAAUACCCCAUGAAGUGUUCUGUAAAAGUGGUGAAGAUGAGGAAGAGAGGGACAAAAUCCUCGUAGAACCAGAACUGCCAGAACUUUCAAGUCAGGAAUAUGGCUUGCAAAAGAUAUCUGAAGAAGUGGAUGCAAAGCAGCUGGCUACGAAGGUAGUGGGAAAAGAAAGGUCUGAGAAAAAACAAGAGGAAUUCCAGACUGGAAUUCACAAGCAAAGAGUGUCUGGUCGUGAGAUGAAGGGAUGUGCUUUCUACAGCAAACCCAGCUGCAUUCACUUCAAGGAUUUUGAUGUUGGUCAGAUCUACAAAAAGAAGAUUGUUUUGAUAAAUGCAUCCUACAGUGUUAAUUACUGCAGACUAGUGGGAACCAGUGAGUGGCUCAAGGACUUCAUCAGUAUCCAUUUUGAUCCACCUGGCAAAAUAGCUGCUGGAAUGUCCUGUGAAGUAGUGGUUAUGUUUAAGCCAAAGGUAAAUGAAACUCUGGAAGGAGAAGUCCUGUUUAUGGAACAGACAGGUUCUUUUUCUGUUCCACUGAAGUGUUCAGCCAAGAAAUGCAUUCUGGCACUAGAUAAAGAGCUCAUUGACUUUGGCAGCCAUGUGGUGGGAGAGGCAAUUUCACAGACCAUCAAGCUGACAAACAGUGGAGCUUUGGGAGCAAGAUUCAAAGUUCAGAUGUCAGCAGGUGACAGUACUACAUGCAGAGCAACAGCAAAAUCUUCUGAAGGAAUGACUAUUACUCAACAUUUCAGUGAGUCUGUCCCUGAAAAGAAAGCCAGCAAUAGUCCUGUGACAUCUGUAGAAGAGAAUGAACACAUAUAUCCUGACCAUGGUGCAGGACUGACCUCCUGUGCAGCCCAGGUGGAGCAGCAGAGGAUGGAGCCACAGCUCAGCAAUGGUUCCACAGAACAACUUGGCCAAGAUGAAUUGAAUUCCAGAUCAGACCAAACUGCAGAUAAUGCAGAUAAUUUAGUGCAACUUUCUCCUGAAGAAACACCAGUUGAAAUUAUGCUUGGAAAGGUUACUGAAGGUGAAAUUGGACCCUUCAGCUCAGUCAAACUUGAGGUUUUAUUUGUCCCAGCUGUCCCUGGGGAUGUGCAGGCAGAGUUUGUGAUCACAUUUGACAACUCCAGCUGCAAACCACUGUGCUUUAGUGCCACUGGGGUCUCAGCUGAUGUGCCAGUCUGGGUGUCCAACCCCAACAUUGAUUUAAAGAUCUGUAUGUAUGACCGGCUGUACCAGGACUGCGUUGUCAUUCACAGCAGAGCAAAAACCAUGCUACGUUUGAAGUUUGAAGUAUGCAAAGAACUGAGUAAGCACAUGGAGCUGCUUCCCAAAACAGCUUUCAUUCAAGCUCAGUCAUCCUUCAGUGCACAACUGAGGUUUCUGCCAAGGAACUCUCUUCCUGAAGAUGCAGGGAGCUAUUUUAACAGAGAGACAAGAGUUCUGGAAGUUCCAGCCACAAUACUGAUUGUGGAUAAGGCCAAAAAAGUUAAUUUUACUGUCCAUGCAAUUGUCACUUCUUCUGAUUUGGAAAUCAGUCCAGCACAAAUCAAUUUUGGAUACUGCACCAUUUAUGAAGGUGUGAAGGCAAGUGUCACCCUAACCAACAGAUCCAUCUUGCCACAGGAGUUUGGAUUUGUGAGACUGCCAGAGUUUGUUGAAAUUCAGCCCAAUGAUGGAUUUGGAAUUCUUCUUCCCCUUGAAAGCCUAACAUUGGAUGUAAUCUUUAAAGCUAUCAAGGCAAAAGAGUACAGCUUUGAACUAACCUGCAAGUCAGAGAUUAAUAGACAAUUCAAGCUGUCAUGCAAAGCAAUUGGAGUCCACCCACCUCUUGAGCUGUCUCAUUCCUUAGUUCAGUUUGCUGCAACAGCUCUAAGUGGUGUGUCUACAGCAACACUGUAUGUGAUUAAUUCCCAUGUGAGUGUCAACCCCUUUACUCAUCCUGUCCCAAGAAUUGGCAACGAGGAAGUUGCCCCUGUUGGACCCACUUCAUUUGAAUUCCAAGUGCCAGAAGAUUGUCCAGUGACAAUUGUACCUUCUGUUGGAACUGUGCUGCCUGGGGAGAAAAGCUGGAUUCAAGUGUCCUUCAGACCAGUGUUGCCAGAUCAGCUAAUCAGAGAAGAGGCAGCUCAGAUGCUUUGCAGAGCAGCUGCGACAGAGGCAGAAGUACAAAAAAUGGAGAAAAAUGGGAAGAGAGAGGGAAAUAAAUUGCAGGUCUCCAUGACCAGACAGCAGCCUCCCAGACAGCUGGAAAGCAACAGGGGCACCAAAUCUAGAAAGCCUUCCCUAGAUAGUUCUGAACAACCCAAAUCCGAAGAGCUAAAACCUGAUUCUGAUGCUUAUCUGGCAGCCCAGGCUUUCCUGAUGAGGAAUUUCCGUGGGAGGUUUGAAAAAUACCUCAUCCCAUGCCUUGUUGCAAGUGGACAUACUGAUGAAAAGAAAGGCUCUGAAGGCCUAAGCUGCAGCCCUUACAACACCUUGUACUUGGAGUUGCACUGUCCAGCUGUAGCACCAUCUGUUGUGGUCACUUCAGAUAAUGGAAAAAACACAGUCAGUUUUGGGGAUGUUGCUAUAGGCCACAGAGUGACCAAGCACAUCACAAUACAGAAUAUCUGUCCAGAGAAGCUGGAACUAAAAUUCUCAGUUCUGAACCCCAAUGGUCCCUUCCUGUUGCUCAGACCAGUUCGAAUGCUUGAGCCAGGUGAAGCAAAAACAUUCAUCAUCUGCUUUACUCCAGAUGGGAAUAAAUGGUUUUUUGAAACACUGGACAUCUGGACAGCAAAAACCAACCUGACUCUGAGUGUCACUGGGCAGGGGAUGCCAGCAUCCAUGGUGUGCUCUGUGGGAGAAGUCCUUGACAUGGGAUAUGUCAUAGCCAGAGAGAAAGGGACAUCCAUAUUCCAGAUACAGAACACGUGCAUGGUGACCCUGAAAUUCUCUCUAGAACUGGAUUUAUUUUCAUCAAGGGAUGAAGAUCAGCAGAGAAUCCCAUCCUUUAUCAGCUCUGCUUUGCAAGGAAUUGAGCUUGUUGGAACACAGCACUAUAAUGACUUAAGUGCAUUCAGCAUCUUCCCAUCAGAAGGAGAAAUUGUUGCUGGGGAGACUCAGGAAUGUGUUGUUACUUUCAGUCCUGAUCGUGAAAGUCUGUACUAUUCUGCCUGUGUCAGGGUUGUGCUCUUUGGCAAGGAAGUGGUCCAUGUGUUCCACCUGAAGGGUGCAGCAAUAGAUCACCCCAUGUUUGUGGAAGGGGGGAUUCCCCUGGAUGUGCCCAUCCAGUCCUUGGCUGAGGCAUUACCUGUGUCACUGCAGGAAGCAGGAAAAGAGCUACAAGGACCACCAGUGAAGUCCAUUCUCCUUGCUCUGGAAUACAUGGUUGGAAAUAAUUCUCCAGUGCCAGCAGUGACAGAGCUGAAAGUUGGAGCUAUACAGUCAGCUCAGUUUCCAUCUAAGAAGCCGGUGAAGUUCACUCUGGACGGACUCCCUCUCCUGCGGAAGAAAGGAUUCUCGGUUGAGCCCGGGAAGGGAUCCUUGAAGCCCGGGGAAGUCAAACGCAUCGGUGUUUCUUGGGUGCCACCUGCUGACUGUCCCGUUGAUGAACCUCUGCUUGUGACAGCCCUCCUGACCCUACAAGGUGUUGUUAAGGAAUCUUAUCAAAUCCUCUUCAUGGCAAAAGUUGUGUCUGCACAUGAUCCCACUGAGUGAGAGACCCAAUGGAAGGGAAGAUGGAGGCUGAGACAUGGAAAGACUUUGAGAUUGUUGCAAAUAUCUGAGAGUAGCAGGGAAGUGGGGAGGAAGGAGACCUGUACUAUUUCUGCUUUUUUCCCCAGGUAAUUCUAUGUAGGCUCUGGUUCUGCUAAGUUCAUUUUCAAGCUGGCUCUAAUAAUAAUCUUGUGGUAGAAGAAAGAAAUGAGGCAUCAGUGUCUUCCAAAGGUGGACAUUCCCACAGGAAUAUCUUUUUACACCUACAUAGGUGAGUUUCAAACAAUGUAUCUUUUUCCAGUUUCAGAUGUAUUUUGAAAAUCCUUGGGGGUUCCCCUCUUAAGACUGGAAUAAAGCUUCU